UAGCAAUACCGGAUACUCAUACAGAUGGAACCCGGAUUUAGGAAGAUUCCAAAUCAUUGAUAAUACUACUGGUAGUUUAAUUUUGGAUGAAAGGCAAGUCAAGAGUUUACUUUAUAGCGAAUCUCUUUCAUUGCCUUCAUUAAGUGCAUUUAACAAGGGGAACCUUAUAGUUAAUGAUUUUUUCUUGAGUGACCAUUUAAAGUAUAUGUCAGUGUAUCAUAAUGAAGUGUUGCCGUUAUUAAUCAGAUUGGAUGACAAAUAUGCCGAAGGGCUAGGAGAUAUCUACAGUGAAAUUCCUAAGUUCGAUUACCAAGAAGCUAACCAUGAAUAUUUCAAACCAUUGGUCCAGCCUAAACAUCGAGUCACCAUGUCCACCCCAGGAUCAGCCAGUUCGACAUCGCCUUCUGCCACUACAACCCCAUCCAAAUCCAAGAAACGACCACAUCAUCACUCCGAAGACGUCACGCUUCCAUUUGCCAAAUUUGGAGGAUCACCAGAAGCUGAUGUCUUGCACCAAACUCACCAUUUGCCACAACAACCACAACCACACCUCCACCCACAACCGCAUCAACAACAGCACGCUCUCGAUGAAUCAGUAGACCCCGCAUUAAAGCGAUCAAGAAUACAAGAUCAGGCCAACUCAAUAGACUUUGAAAAUGCCCUUGCCACUGCCGCAAUCGCAGCAAUAAAUUCCGAGCCAGUGACCAAUGGCCGUGACCCAACCCCUUUCUACAUAAAGGACCGGAAAUGGUUUAAUAAAUUGAUCAGUUUACACGAUUCUGGAUUGCUUGGAGUUGAUGAGGUCCUCAGUGUAUGUGAAGGUGUAAGAGACAAUAAAAUCCCCAUGUUUAUGUUGAACGUGUUGGACAAUUCCUAUUAUCCUAGUAGAACAGGAAUGCUGGAAGAUAUCCCUGAUGAAGAAACCGUAAAGAGGAUCAGAGAAUUUAUGCUUCCUAUGGUUUAUAAUUCAUAGAUAGAGGGGUUGAAAUAGGGGGGGGGGGACGUGCAUUUUGUAUGGAAUUAUCAAUAGAGUAAGACGUUUCUUGCUCUCGCGUAUUUGUUUUGUAAUAUAUUUGUUAUUUAUAUAAUUUGAAAAAUUAUACAUAGUCUAU